AUGGAUAUAACUACUGUUAAAGAAUUGAUUCAAGAAAAAGAAGGGAUUCCUCCUCAACAGCAACGUUUAAUAUUUAAUGGAAAGCAAAUGAACUGCAAGGAAAUUCUUUUGAAAUACAACAUAAAAGCGGAGUCAACAAUCCAUUUAGUACUACGUUUACGUGGUGGAAUGUAUCAUUUUACCAGUGGACGAAACGAUUUUGAUAAUCUGCCAUGUCAUGCAACCGAAGCAAUUAAAAGUAUUCUUGCAUUCAACCUUAAACAUAUGAAUCAUCUUGAACGUUUAUCACUAGCCGAACUACAAAAUUACGUUUUACAAGGACAAAUUGUUCUUUCAAAAUUAUUUUAUGGAAUAGAUGGCUGUUUCGCAUCUGCUAACGAUUCAAAACAUAAUAUACUUAAAGAUUUACUUAUUCAAGAAGAAAAAAUAAGACUUCGUCAAGAAACUCAACAAUUAUUAUUAAGUAUUGAAGAUCGAAAAGAUAUUGAUUGGAUAGAUAUUAUUGCUGAUUUACAAAGUAAAUUAAUUAAAAAUGCCAUUCGUGAAGAUGCAAUUGAACAUGAAAUUCAAUGUGAUUUAAGUGAAUUUCAUAAUUUAUCCCUUUAUGUUCGACAUAAUCGUGCAAAACAAGGAAAUCUUCGUAUUGAUGAUCUGGCAGUUGAUAUUCAAUUACUAAAUAUGAAUAGUCAAUUCGUUUCAUUAUUAUCUUAUUUUAAUUCCAAUCGACCAUUAUCAAUUAUUGCUGGUUCAUAUACUUGA